AUGCAAAAUUUACUAUUUUAUGGCGCUGCGAGUGCCGCCAUAGCAGUGGCCACACUGACACAUAGCGGCGUGGCGAGCUUAAGCCACGACUCGAACGUUAUAUGGAAUAACAACAAUAACAACGUACUACAGCAAGCGUUAAUGGCAGAAGCAAAAACAAGUUACAGCGCUGCCACCACAAAUAACACAUUGUCAUUGUGGGAAUUGACAACGCGCGCUACAACUGCGGCCACGGCGAUAGCGGGCAUUGGCAGCGGCAGCAGCUUGACACGCAGCAGUUUGGUGGAUGAGGGCGGUGGAUAUGGCGACGGAAAUCAAGAAGUUAGCGGCGAUGGUGGAGUCGUCGCGUAUGUUGACAGCUUAAUGCAAGCCUUAAGCACUAGCGCUAGCUUUAUGUAUAACAACAACAACAACAAUAGUAGCAACAACAGCAACAUGAGUAGCAGCAGCAGCAACGUUACAGUGGUCAACGAAACGCCAUUUGUACCGUAUGUCAUGCGACCGGAAACGUACAUCGUGCCCGUGCUAUUUGCGCUUAUCUUCAUUGUGGGCGUGCUGGGCAAUGGCACACUGAUUGUGGUCUUCCUCGGCGUGCGACAGAUGCGCAAUGUGCCGAAUACCUACAUACUAUCGCUGGCAAUUGCCGAUCUGCUGCUCAUCCUCACCACCGUGCCGUUAACAUCCACUGUCUACACGGUGGACUCGUGGCCAUGGGGCAGCUUCCUCUGUACAUUGUCGGAAUUUAUUAAAGACGUGUCGAUUGGCGUUUCCGUUUUCACACUAACUGCACUCUCCGGAGACCGGUACUUUGCCAUAGUGGACCCAUUAAGAAAAUUCCAUGCACACGGCGGCGGCAAACGUGCCACACGCAUGACCAUCGCUAUUGCCGUGUCCAUUUGGCUGUUGGCGAUACUCUGCGCCAUGCCCGCGCUCAUCGGCACCAAUGUGAAGCAAGUGGAAAUCAAUAGCAACAAAUCAUUCGCACUUUGCUACCCCUUUCCGCAGAAGUGGGGCGUUGAGUACGCUAAAACGAUGGUCUUAAUGCGCUUUUUAGUCUACUACGCCAUUCCAUUGUGUAUAAUCGGCGCCUUUUACGUGUUGAUCGCGCGGCAUUUGAUGUACGCGGCGAGCGUGCCGGGUGAAAUGCAGGGCGCCAUGCGACAGGUGCGUGCUCGUCGAAAGGUAGCCGUAACGGUACUAGCAUUUGUGGUCAUAUUCGGAAUUUGCUUUAUGCCCUAUCACAUCUUCAUGCUUUGGUUCUAUUACUGGCCGACCGCACAGGAUGACUACAACUCCUUCUGGCAUGUUUUACGCAUCGUCGGCUUCUGCUUAUCCUUUGCCAACAGCUGCGCCAAUCCGGUGGCAUUGUAUUUUGUUAGCGGCGCCUUCCGCAAACAUUUCAAUAGAUACUUGUUUUGUCAAGGGUCUGGCGUGCGCCUCAAAAAACGACACCCACACAACGAUACGCUCUGCAUGCAUCGGGACGCAUCGCUCACUAGCACCGCAUCGAAGCGCUACUAUUCAUCGACGCGACGCUCUACAUGCCAUCAUCACAGCACCGUGCGAAGUCGCUUGCAAGAGACCACCAUCACCAUUAUGGCGAAUGGCAGUCAAAAUGGUGGACCGCUCACCGAUGUCUCCGAUGUUGCUUUGGCCAGUGAAUUUUGCGAUCACACAACGCACUACCAACAUCAACAACACCAACAACAACCGUUGCAACAGUCUUCACAACAGCAACAACAAUAUCAACGUCAAUUGUCAUUUAUGUGAGGUAGCCAGUGGGAGGUUGACAA